AUGGACAAAGCAUGUACACGUAUCAUCCAGGAAACAGAGAGUCUGAUUACUCUGGUCCCCAUUUCUAACAGUACUCGACAAGCGCUGAAUGUCACGUGUCCUAAUCACUUCAAGCUCAUUGGUGCUUCGUUUCUUGAAUGCAUCGACGGUCAUUGGUCUCCGCCGUAUGAAUCACUUUACUGCGCAGCACACAUGAUUACCCAGCCACCGCUACCACAGACGGAAAUGGUUCGUCAUAUGAGCUCAUUCUUAACAGAGUGUCAUGAACCUCCCCCACACCCCCGAGGCCAUCCACCACGGCAGGAAGGUCCUACCACUGAGCCGCCACUGACUAGACCUAAGGGAGAACUCUUCUGCUACGAUAGCGCAUGGUUCUUCCGUAGUCUCUUUAGGUGCAAGAAUGUUACAGGGAAUGUACCGAUGGCUAUGACGACAGAGGCAAUGACGACUGAGAUUAUGUCGACGAGUGUUUUCUCGACGGUUGGCUUUGAUGACUUGGAGCGUACGAAUUGUACGGGUCAAGCAGACAGUGGUAAUAUUACUUCAUUUCCAGUUGCAGAAGAUUCAAGAGUUCCCGCUUCGAUUUUCUACGCUCUCUCAGCACUCGCUAGUGUUCUCUUCCUUAUUGUCAUUGUGCUGGUUGUCGCCCUCUGUAGGUUACGAAGAAAUAUCAAGGGUCCAAAGCGUAUGCAGAAAUCAGGAUUUAAGGAUCAAUUGAGUAUCUUCCAAAAACCGACCCCAUUGAAUCGUCCGCCGAAGCUUCCCGAACGACCAAGCACUGUUGGUUCCGUUGGUUCCAUUCGGUACAAGGAACAUCAACCGCCAAAGUUACCAGGUCAGAAGAUAGCCGAAGAGGAAGCAGAGGCGAAAAGAAUCGAAGCCAUCCGAACAGAGAUCUAUGAGCAGAUUGGGAAACGAAACGAUUUGCCCGAAUAUAUUGACAUCUACCAAAUGAAGUAGCAAAAAUCUAUGGGUAUAAACGGAGGGCAGAGAACAGUCAGAAAGAGGUUUAUAGGGGAUACAAUUAUUUUUCCCUUCCAGAAUCUAACAUGGUGUUGUCGCACUCUCUCUUCAAAAAGAAACGGGGGAAAAAAGGCGCAGGACUUUUCCGGGAGAAUUUACUAUACUCGAUCUAUUCGAUUAACUUUCUAGUGUCUGCGCUUUAAAGGUCA